AUCUACUACUUCCGGUUAAUUUCACGUGUGAAAAAUGUUUUUCACAAGGUGCUUGCAGUAUUAUAAACACAGGAUACGUGUGCCGGGGUUGCUGUAUCAAGGGAGGAACAAGAUAAUCCUGCGCAUCUCUGUUGCUGCCAAGCGGAGGGCUCUGUGUCGCCUCCUGGUGGAGCAGGACAACCUGGACAUUCUGAAGAACCCCUACCUGACUGGGGAUGAAGAACAUGGCCACACUAAAGAGCGUAGCGCUGUGAAAACUGAGCAACUAAGAGCAUCAAAACAGCUCAAAAUGAUUCCACAUAAACUUUUAGAAGAUGAGCUCAAUCACUUAAACUGUUCCAAGAAGUGGGAAUAAGUAUAACUUCUAGUGUGUGUGCCGUUUCAAAUUGAGGUCCUGGACCAAGACGUGGUAUGUCUUCAACAGAGAUUGUGACUGUGUGCCAGUCAUCGAUGAUGAGGAUAUUGAGAUAGUUGGGACAUAUGUUCCUACCGUUUCCAACAGAACAAGGUGAAUUGGAAAUAGAUUCAUGGUGAUCGUUCUGCCAGGGCUACAUACCGUAUAUGACCGCAGAUAAGCCUACCCCGUAGAUAAGCCGAGGUAUAAACUUGACCAUUGAAAUAUGAAGGAACAUGAUAUAACCCGUAGAUAAGCCGAACCAGGAAGUGAAAGGCAACGACACACCGCAAAGUCGGACUGCAAGACUGUACCAGUAUGGUACUUCAUUAAUAUAAGAUGGAAAACCUUGUAAUUAUAUUGAAACAUUUAUGUGUAAUUAUUUUAUUGAUCAUUGAUAACAAUGGCUGUAGUCAUGGCAACUUCCAGACUUUUGGGACGUUGUAAUCUAUCGGACCGUCAUUCAGGCGAUGUUUCUUACAGAUCACAAUCUGAAAAAUAAGCCAACCCCUUUCUACAGAAUCUUUUUUCUGGUCUUCAAAAUUCGGCUUAUCUGCGGACAUAUACGGUAGGUAAUGCCUGUUAGAACUUCAGUGAUAUGAAAGAAUACAGAGUGUUUGUGUCUGAAGUAGUUGCACCAAGGAAUAGUGAUAGUUAUGUAAUUUUCAUGGUUAUUAUAAAAUAAAAAAUACUGUGAUCCAUA